AUGGCUUCUGAUGCAUCCUCGGGUCCUAGCAACCACCUUCCAAAGAAACAUGCAGCUAAGAAGAAUGGUUCUAAACAAGUCUCCCUUGAGAAACGCCAACACAGAGAGAAAGCAAUAAGCAACGAAGGAGAAAAAUCAGAGCUCAAAGCUAAGACAAGAACAAGUUCAGCUAGUCGUGUCCAGAGUAAAGGCAAGGUAGUUGCACAUUGUUUUCUUUUUGUAGAUGCUGUCCCAAAUAACUUGUCUGCACGGUUCUCCGUUGGAAUCCUGUUAUAUUACAUGUACCCUGUUCUUCACUAA